AUGCUCUUCGAGGCACUCGCCGUCCUCACCCCGCCGGCUCUGCUCUACAAAUGGUACACCUCGGCCUCGCCGCAAGCAGCCGAAGGGGCCGAAGAGGAGCAAACGCACAGAAUAGACGUGGAACCCAUCGUCUCUGACGCAUUUGGAAUGUCGAUCCUCAGCCAAAUCCGCGGAUUCAUCUGGGCCGACUCAAUAAUGCAGAAAGGAUACGAACAACACAAGAACGGAAUGUUCAAGAUGCCCUUUUUCGGACAGUGGCCCACUAUCGUCUCGGGGGAAUACAUUAAAGAACUCGCCCGUGCCCCAGAAAGUCACCUCAGUUUUCAAGCAAUGCUCAACGAAUUUAUGCAACUCGAACUCCUCGUCGGCACUGGCAUCUCCCACGACGCAAUUCACCUCCCCGUCAUUCGUGCACUCACUCGUCAAUUACCGGCCUUUUACCCUGAAAUCGCGGACGAGACUCGGGCCGCAUUCGCCACGCAUUUUGAGAAACAUGGAAAGCAAGAUAAAGAUGGAUGGAUAAGCGUCAAGGCCUUCAAGGCGUUUUCAGAGAUCACCACUCAGCUCAAUACACGCGCUUUUAUCGGACUCCCACUGUGUAGAGACCAGAAAUGGAUGACGGCAAUCCAAAAGGGUGGCGCCGACAUGUCCUGGCGGGCAGUUCUGUUGCGGAUGUUUCCCGAACAACGACGCUCGGAUGCCAACGAGUAUAUCAAGCGAUUCAGCCAUGUCCUCGAGGACUGUAUCGCCCUCCUCAACCCUGUUCUUGAACAGCGACGUGCAAUGAGGGAAGACGAGAGGCCUAACGAUGUUCUGACUCUCAUUAUGUCACAAGUGACAGAGGAGGAACCAGAUCCACGAACGAUUGUCGGGACAUAUCUGUUGCUAGAGCAAGUGGCACAGGGAACAACGUCCAUGACAUUUGUUCACGUGCUGUACUACUUGGUCGCAUAUCCAGAGUACACAGAAGUCUUGCGGGAGGAAAUUCGACAAGUGCAUGGCGACGGUCCGAUCUCAUUUGCGUCCUUGGGCGAGUUGCGCAAGUUGGAUAGUUACCUCCGCGAAACACAGCGGUACUCUGGGUUCUCCAAUGCUACGAUGAACCGAUUUGCGGUCCAAGAUUACACGUUUUCAAAUGGUGUCAAGAUUCCAAAGGGCGAACUAGUCGCCGCAGUGGCGAAUCCAAUUCACAUGGACCCUAAUGUGUAUGAAGAUGCGAAAGAGUUUAAGCCGUGGAGGUUCCUUGAGCGGACGAAUGCCGAAGGGUUGGGCAAGGAUUCGAAAAAGUAUGCCAUGGUCACGCCUGCAGAGGACUUUUUGGCGUGGGGGUUGGGUAAACAUGCGUGCCCUGGGAGAUGGUACGCGGCGAUGCUGGUUAAGCAUCUGGUCGUGUAUAUUCUUCUCCAGUACGACAUUAAACUGCCCGACUCUGCCAAAGGGAAGCGACCGCCCAACUUGUCCAUAAUGGGGUCGAGUCUGCCCAACUUGAGUGCCAAAGUCUUGUUCAGGCGACGCGAAGGAUUAGAUUGGGAAUAG